CCUGGGCCGGGAAAAUACAAAACCAGAGACAUCAAGAGCAGAUCUGAAGAAUGAAGGCCCUGUGUCUGGUGUUGCUGGCCUGGAGCGCAUGCACAGCUGUGGGAGAAGACCUGGAGAGGAUCAACUCUUGCAGCACCAAGUGUACCAAGGGCCUUCAGUGCAAGACCAAGCUGAAACACUAUCUAUUUCCUCCCCGCUGUAAAAAUCCAGCCAGCGGUCUCAGCGCGCGAUCUGUGUUCAAGAACGUCAGCCUCUCCGCAGUCAUGAGUUGUAGACAGAGGCGGGACUGUACCUUGCAUCUUCAAAUUGAAACUCUAAUAAAUCUCACAGAUUCCAUCCAUGGGUUGUACAUUUGCACGGCGACCCCCGCGACAUUUAGCCGCUGCCAGAUCGUGACAUUCUCAAAAGCUUCAAGAGAGAGGAUGUCUGGACAGCAGGUUGAUGUCAAGAAUGACUGUGUUGACCUUCAGCCACAUCAACAAGUCCAAGUGACUCUUGAAACUUGGCCACCCUUAUGCGACAUCACAUGGACUGGAACAUACCAAGCACCAGGCUGCCUCAAUGAAGACUUGAGAAGAAAUAUCCCAGAAUGCAUCACUGGUCAACUGUCCUACAAAGAUGAUCCUCAGAAAAAGGAGCUGAGUGUGGUUGUGUCAGAGUCGUUGGAUGAUAAGAACUACAAUCUCCGUCUGUGUAAGAAGAGCACGAUCUGUUUUGAUGCAGGAGCCAAGGUUGUGAUUAAGAAGGAAGACCCAGUGAAGCGAGCCAUCCUGCGCUACUCCCUCCCUUUACCCUGUCUCUGUAUAGAGGGUUGGUGUGAUAUGAUAGAUGCCCCAAGAAUCCAGGUGUGCCCCUUCCAGGACCGUCUUGAGGAACUGUGGCGUGGGAUUACCUUCGACCCACUGGAGCAGAUGCUGCAGUGGGAACCUGCCUGUCCGGUUGCUGCAGUUGUUUCACUGUGUCAGAAAGGACCCAGCGGCGCCUGUUCGGAUCUGAGUCACCAAUCCUCGCGGCGAGUUGGCAAAGAGAAGGUAGCAUUUGCAGAAGUGGAUCCUCACCCUCUACUGUGCAUGAAGUUUACUGUAAAAGAUCAGUCCUGGAUCAGGUGCCCCUUUGGCCAAGUAGGAUUACCAGUAUGGCAGGCCACCUUCAGUGAAGGGGAGGUUUCCGUCUUUUCCUACACAAACGCCACGUUCUUGCUGGAAGUGUGUCAGCAGUCCAAAGGAAAUGUGUUGUGUCAGCCCUACACGCACGCCGUGCAUGUGGAGCCACAGCAGUCGGUCAGGUUAAAUCUCAGCGAAGAUGUUUACAGACAGAACGUCUGUCUCCAGAUGAAAAGAAUCGACGUGAAGUUCUCUGUUACAAGUCGGUGCUUCCAACCCGGUGACAAACCACCAGCAGCUAAGUCCGUCAAGAAAGAACUGGCUGACACCAACUACUCUCUCAUCUGUAUAUCUGCUGGUGUCACUUUGACUGUAUUGAUAGCCCUGGGUCUGGUGCUGCAUGUAGUGGUGACAGCUCACCACAAGAGGAAACAGAAAAGAAAGGCAACCUAUCUCGCUGUUGAGAAGCAGACGGGUGAAGCGACACCUGGAGUUUCUCUUUUGUUUAUGAGGUGACUAACACCCACGUGACAUUUUAGAAUUUCCGCAUCUCUGGGAUCCAAACUGAAGCUGCUGUUUACGGAUGUUUCCUGCUACUGGUUGUGAAGUCAGAGAAAUCCACUCUUUUCUACAACUGUGGUAAAAGGUGUCAUAUGUUUGUAUGUUUACAAAUAUACCUCUUGGCAUGGCUAUGUAUUUCAUUCUAAUUCGCGAAAGUUUUUUUUUUCUUUCUUAAUUAAAAAAAGACGUUUUUCAGACUCAAGUUGUCUGUUUUGGUAGUAGUUACUGGUAAUAGCAUUCACGUGACACCAGGGAGGCAGUGGUCCUUCCAGUUGUGUGAGGUGAUUUUUAAGUAGCGGUCUGGACUGUUGCAUCAUACGUACUCUCCACCACGUGUUUUGUCUUGAGUUGAAAAGUUUUUUGUGUUUUCCUAAAUUCAAACGAUGUGGCACAACCAGAAUGUGCUGAAUUGCACGUGGUCUGCCAGGAAGUUGUUUCUCUGUGACUGUGCAAAGGUGACUCAGCCUGUUCCUGAUGAAGGUUAAAUAGUGUUGGAAUAAAACAAGUGUAGUGUCCAACACUAGUAAACAAUGGACACAGUGUGAAACAUGAGUCAUUUCACAUUACCACGUGGAGGGAAAUACAGUCAUUGUGCUGAGUCACUCAACAUCAUGAUGACAAAGCAUACAUGCGAGCAAUAUUAAAAUACGAAGAAAAAAGUUGACAGCUAGAUCGAAGAACAUUCAUGGAGUUAUGUUAUCAUUGAAGGCUACGUUUUUGUACAAUGGAAAUAGGAAAUGACUGGGGAAAUUCAUACUUAUUGUAAGGAUGCUCCGAUCGGGAUUUUUCACCGAUAUCGUUCACAUGGAUUGACAAUGAAUUUGUAAUCAAAAUGUUGAGACCUUCUGUGUACAUGAUGUGA